AUGGCUGAAGAGUUGUGCAUAAAACAGCCUACACAUGAGUAUAUGUGCUACAUAUACCUAAAUAGCAGUUGCGUUGUUGCUGCGUAUGGUCCAUAUCCACAACUGACCCAUUCAUUACCAAGAAUUGUCCUACUAAUUGACAAGCUUUAUCACAUUCAUUUUGGUCGACAGGAUGAAAUUCAUAUCGACUAUUGUGUUGUCACUGUUGUCGGUGACAAUGAUGAUAUAUUUGACAACACACUAUACGACGACGUCUGUCAUCUUCCUAAAAACUAUAUCCCAGAGAAUGAACGGCCCAUUCUCACACCUCAGCAAAAACUGGAUAGAGUCGAAAAAAUAAUGAAGAAUAUGGGUAUGGAAAUUCCAACUGAUGUUGGAGACGGAUAUCCGCACAAGAUGAGCACCAAGGCAAAGGAAAGAAUACUAGAAACUAAACAAAAGGAGCGUAGAAUGAGCUCAUCUGAUAAAAAGAAUUUGAAGAUGCUGAAGCUAGGAAGAUUAUGGGUGUGUCGCAAGUUGGCUCUUGAACCUCUCGAAGAAAAAUCAAUCAGAGUUGUAUCUGAACCUACUCCAGAAUUAAAAUCCAUCUUGAAACCUGGAUCUACUUUUAAACCCCACGGCUCAAAACACGAUCAUUCUAAAAAACAUCAUCAGAAAUCAAGUCACGAUGCUGGUUCAAGGGAAGCUAAAGUGCACUUUGUACCAACAACUAAAAUUGCUAGAUAUUCAAGUGAAUCUAGUGUACUGCAAGAAUAUGAUAUUCAACUUCCUUCAUUACGUUCAAAGUUUAAUAGAUUCAAACGACAAAUGCUGAGGUUCAUUGGAUAUAAAAAGUCUACUUGA